AUGAGCAGCACGACGGAUUGGACCCGCUUCCUCGCCGCGCUGGAGAAGCGAGGGGUUCGGUUUGAUCAAGUGCAGUACGCCACUGACCGCCAGGAGGUCAUUCGCGCCACCGGCAUUACAGAUGCCCUCAGCAUCGCGGUAGUGGAGACGGAGUGGCAGCGCCACUGCAACGGCGUAAGAGAUGCUUCGAGAGCGAUACCACCGAACCACCAAGGCGUUUCCGCCAGUAAUCCUAUACCCACUCGCCCUCUGGCACCGCUCCUGUCUCAACUCGCACCCGAUGAAAGAGGGCCGACUACGUCUGCCAGAGCCUCGAAUGGCGGUAUGGCUGGCCUGCCGGCUCUCCACGAGCUCUCCCAGUUGACAAGGCUGCCGGAGGAGUUGCAGGACACCGUGUUGGCGACAGAAGUUCUAUCGGCAGCAGUGGGACUUGGGGGCGUGUUCCUCCAGUACACGCCACCAGCACCCGGCACCUCGAGCGGCAUCAGCCCCAAAGAAGGCUUUCAGGUCUCGCCGCUGGUACCUGCGUCGAUGCGGAGCCUGUGCGAAACUGUCCUGCCUGUUGCCGACGCCUUUAUGGCGCUUCGCUGCAUCGAGAAGGCCGAGUACUCCAGUCGUAGUCUUGUGCUCAUGGCACUCGGCGAGGUGGUCUCCGAGAUCAACACGAGCUACGCCCACCAGGUGUCCAAGCUGCAGCUCUGGAGUGAGGGUCGGCCGAUGCCGCUGAUGGGCGUGGUGUCGGAGAUUCUCCGUGUCGGGCAUCACGUGGUGCGACUGCGACAAAUGCUGCCAAUGGAUCUCAUAUGCACAGCGCUCGCUGAGGCGGCGGCAGCGGCUCCGACUUCGUCGACGCUCACCUCUCCCUCUUCCGGGCUCGUGGGGCCUCGCAUCUUGAAUCACCUGUGUGACCAAGUGAAUAAGUACUCCGGCAGCUGCGAGGAUCACGAGCUGCUGACGCUGCUGCUCCGUCGCUCGCUCGUCCCGUACCUGCGCAUGUUGCAGCGCUGGAUGCACAGCGGCGUACUUGACGACCCGUACGGUGAGUUCUUCAUAUCGGAAGUCUACCAACCAGCGCGGCCGUCCCCGACGGCUGCGAGUCACCAGCAGCAGCGACACGUUGGCCAGUUCUUUUUGGAUGCACUGGCGCCGUCGGCGACCGGCGCCGGGCGCGACGGUGAGCUUGGUGUGAGCGGCUCCAGCACGGCUUCUCAGGGCCGAUUCAGCUCGAGCAGACGUGCGGCCGCGCAGCAGGACGUGGUGGCCUUUGACCGGCGCUUCUCCCUGAACAAGAGCCUCGUGCCAGUGUUCCUCAACACACCGAGUCGCAUAGCCAAAAUGGUCUUUUUCGCUGGUAAGUACUGCUGUCUCUUACGAGAGUACGGCGCAGCGCUCCCAGCGUUUCGACCUGCAACUUUUUCCGGCGGUGCUGGUGCUGCUGCGGCAGGAUCCAGGUCCGACGGUCCUGGCGACGCCCUCUUGACUUGGAGUGGAGCGGACCAGCUUCAGCGUCAGGUGCAGGAGUCCUUCGAGAUCUCCAGCGGGGCCGUGAUCCAGCUGCUGUUUAGCCCGUCCGUCGACUUACUCGGGCAUCUCAAGUCUCUGAAGCUGUACUUUCUCCAAGAGCGCGGUGAUUGGGUCGUGGACUUCCUCGACAGCGCCGAGAGCCUCCUCGCCGAGCAUCCAGAUCGCGUCAAACAGUACUCGAUGCAGGUGUUACUGCAAGCAGCUGUGGCCCGCAGCUGCUCGAGCGACCCGUACCAUGACCUAAUCGGGUGCAGCUUUGCGAACUGCACUUUGGAGGAGCUGCUGCAGGAACAGAAUCGGCAGCGCGACAGCGGCGGCGACACGACGACGGCGGCCAUCGGCGAGGGUGCGACGACGGCGCUGCCGUUCCGUCGGAGCAUGGGCGGUAGCGGUGGCGAAGUGGACGCUCGGGGCAGUUUGGAGCUGCUUCAGCUCGAGACGGAUCUGCAGUGGCCCUUGACGCUGGUGCUCGAUGGAAAGGUAACGCAUCGUCUGAACGUCAUCUUUCGGCUACUGAUCUGGGUGAAGACCUGCGAGCGGCGCCUCUGCGAGGUGUGGUUUACGAAUGAGAUCCUCGGUGAGUUCAGUGCCGCUUACGGGCUGAAGCACCAGUUUGUGCAGUUUCUGCGUCAGUUCCAGUUUUACGCUGCCCACUUUGUGCUGGAGCCGCUGUGGAGUCGCCUCGUCGCGCGCAUCGGUCAGGCAGAUAGUGUGUUCGCCAUCUCGCAGGCACUCACGGACUUCUUUGAUGGCGUGGAGACGGGCUUGGUGCUCUCCAGCACUCAGCGCUUCCGCAGCCUGGCACACAUUCUCGAGCUAACGGAGCGUUUCUGCUCGGUAGGGAUGCACAGCAGUACAGCGACGAUGCCGCUGAUUGAGGCAACGCUGCAUUCUGUCGAGGACCAGUUUCUGCGUGCGCUGUCGGAGCUUGCCUCGCCGAUAGGACCCGACUACCCGCAGCUGGUGCCGCUGCUGACAUGGAUCGACUUUAGCCGCUUCUACGACCAGAACAACGUCUAUCACGUUCAGCACGGCGCAGCAAGCUCUGCAGCGGGUCGUAGUAUGUAA